AUGGCGGUGGACGGGCUCUCCUCUUGGGUUGAAGAGCCCGUCUGGCGGCGCCCCGUAUCAAGCAGUAUUGCUGUGCUCCCAGUUGAGCUGCAGGAGCUCAUCACCAAAGAGUUGGCCCGCAAACCAGGUCCAGUCAAGACCGCAAGCCAGCAGCAUGUGCCUAGUACCAUGCAGGUCCCCGACAGCGAUGAGCCGGUCAGUGAGCAGCUGCGCAAGGCAAGUGCCAAUCUCCUCGACAUCCUCAGUCAAUGCUUCGAAGACCUGGCAGUUGAAGUGCUGCGCGUGGUUCCGGCCAUGGUGCGGUCAGACAGCCCUUGGCAGCUCCGGGAGAGCGGUGUGUUUCUGAUGGGGAUUGUCGCUGAGAGCAUGUACAAAUUGUGGGAACCGAGCUCCAUCAAGCAGCUGCUGAGACACUUCAACGCUGCAGCCAUCCCGUCUCUCGCCGUUCCCCAGCCAAAGCUUCGCGAGAUUGCCUGCUGGACAGUCUCUCGGUUUGCCAGGUCCGUGUUGAACACCGACGAGGCCAGAAGAGGCAGCGACAUCGACGGUCGGGCAGUGGUCGACUCUCUGCUCGAGAUGAUGCGCACUGACCCGAAGGUGCACGCUGCCGUGAUGACUGCGCUGGCCAACCUGGUGGAGCAGGGCCUGUUCCAUCAGAUGCCCGAGCAAGGCCGCGCCCUGCUGGAAAACAUCAUCACACUUGGCCGCAACCCAUCGGGGCACCUUCUUGACCUGAUCAGCACGUGCUUUGAAAGCCCCGACUUCACCAGCAUCGUUGACGUUGAGUUGGAGCAGCUUCUUGUGCCACUUCUUCUCGACGCUGUCGAACGCGCUACCCUUGAUCUCGAUCUUUCGAACAAGUCUACCGUGGAGUAUCUCGACAUCGCUCUGUCUGCUGUGGCCAAUCUCGUUCCCUCCAUGAAGGACAGAUUCAAGCCGUUCGUGGAGCGGGUCGCCGGCCAGAUCGAGCGUGUUCGCGCCCACCAGGCGACCGGGGCGGGAGAGGCUGAAAAUCAGCGGCAGCUGGCCGGGGCGUGCACGGACCUGUGCUCCCGGCUGUUCGAGGAAGGGUGCGACCUGUCGCGCUUCAUCUCACCUGCGCGGCUGGUGGCCAUCGCCGACCUGCCUUCUCAGGAAGGGUUUGCCUUGCUGGGCGAGCUGGCCAAGCUCGGGCCCGACCCGCUCAAGGACAGCCUGCCGCACAUCGAAGCCACUCUGGCGGCCCUUUUUGCGGAACGAAGGCACUGUAGAGGUGGGGAUCCCGUGCUUCACAAUGCCGAAUGGGCAGCUGGGCAACUGGCAAGACACAUGGCCACGGGAUUGCAGCUGUCGUGGGUAAACAACUUCCUCACACUGUGCCGCUCCUUCGGCACCCACAACCGGGCCGCGACGCUGCUCCAGCUGGGCCUGCACCACGCGCACGUGCUGCCGGCGUCCCUGGUGCGCGACGCCCUACUGGCCUGCCUGCACUGCUUCACGCCCGACCAAGAGCCCUGGGAGCAGAGCCGCGCGGUGAUCGUGGUGGGCUUGCCCAACCUGGUCCUCCGGUGCCUGGCCCCCGCCGGCCUGGGACAGCGACUGAGCGAGGCCCAGGCGAGGGCGCUGCUGGUGUUCUUCGUGCGCCAGAUCGACUGGCUGUGUUGCCACGCGCCCGAAGCUUCGCCGAGCUACGCUGGCGGCACGGUCAGCGAUGAAGGUGAUCGGGUCUUGCGCGAGCCGGACCGCAACACCGACGACGACGACGACGUCUACGUCGACGAGCAGAGGGUGUGCGACGCGCUCAACGCAUUGGCGAGUGCGGAGCAGGUGGGAGCGUGGAUCGAUGAGGCUUAUGCAACGGCUGACGACAGCGAGCGGGGAAGGUGGCGUGCGAUUGUUGAGCACUACGUGGUGGGUGCGGGCGGCCGCCACUACACGCCGCUCCUCCUUGCCCUGCGGCGUAGCAAGUGA